AGUACUUCCGGGGUGACUGUCAUGGCGGCGCCCAUAACGCUCUAGCGAAAGGAACCUAAACACGUUCAUGAAAUAAUAAAGCGCUGUGGAGCGAAGCAGCCAUGAAGUUCAAAGAUCUGCUGAAGUGGAACGCCAGAGUAUCCGCCGUGUACGCGAUUGGUAUUUGGACCAUGGUCGGCUCGUACGCUUACCUGAAAUACACAGGUCGCUGCGAGGUCGCGCCAGUGAAAAAAGAAGAAGUGGAAGAGCCGCAGGAUCCAAACCAGGAGGUCUACAAGACAGCACACGCCAAAACUGUCAUCACCUAUAAGAAAGACUUUGUCCCGUACACCACAAGGAUCUAUAAUCUCAUCUCAUCCUUCAGCGGCGAUCGAGGGGCUGGAGACGACAACAAAUGAACCUCUCCAGUUAAUAUUUAUGUAUUUCUGUGAGGACAUUAUAAUGUUUUUGUUUUUUAAGGAAACUCCAGCUGCGUGUCCACCUGUCCUGCUCUGAUGGCCUCAGCCAGCUUUUAGUAUCAAACUGUAAACAGUAUUCAGUACUGUUCUGUAAUUCAGAUGCUCGUGGUGUGUAAAUAAACCCCCAAAAUGCUGAAAUCUGUUUCAGUAGAAAGAUUAAAGGUUCAUCUGUGAUUCAUGUUAUAGGUUGGAACAGGAUUUGGGGCCUAGUGAUGUUUAAUCCUGGAUUUUCAGUGUGACAGAGGUCGUUUACUUUUUACCUUAUGUUUGACGAGUGAUGUCAGCAGUUGUGAAGUCACCACCAGCUGACCAGUCAGUUCUCUGGAAAAUAAAACCACGACUCCAAGAAGAUCCUUCAGACCACAGAGCUCAGAUUAUAAUAAGAUGUAAAGUUUUUCAACAGCAUUUAAAGUCUUGGUCUUUCCAUGAUAAGCAUCAAUAAGAAAUACGCACUGGAGCCUUGGUCUACACCACAGGCCUGCAAGGCCGUGAUGGAAGAGGACCUGUUCGUCAAAUAAGACUUGAACCAGUGCCGCAAACACUACAGUUCUGAAGAUGUGAACUGAACAUCCUGUGGUCCCUCAUCAAAUUCAGCAGUGAAGUGAAAUAAUAUAGUUACAGAGUCAUUAGUAUCAGUAACAUGUAAAAGGUCAUGGAAACGCUGUGUCCUGGAGUCAGAACAGACUGAAAAACUCACCAAUACUGCAGCUGCUGCAAAAGAUCGGUGCAGAUCCAUCUAAACUUUGACGGAUGUGUCAGGACAAUAUUUAUUUACUUAACGAGAGGAUGCACUGUUGCACGUUUAAAGACAGACCUGAUUGUGCUGAGGAUGAUUCAGCUCUUCUGCAUUGUUUUCUCACAGACUCUAGGUCCUGUUCAAUCUUUAAAACCCCAGUAGGAUGUAAAAAAUCAAUUACAAUCAGCCUUAAAGUACAAGAACUGUGCAUAUUAAAAUCCCAAAGAAUUAGUAUGUACUAUAUAUUUAAGCACACCUUCCGUUUAAAUAUCAGAAAAUUCCUGGAUUAAAUCCCUAUUAGAUUUAGGUGGAUGAGCAGGCCACACCUCCUCUGCAUCUUAACCUGGGGAGAGAUAAUAAUCCCACAUUUAUGAGUGAAAGCUCGGAGAAUGCACGUGUCUCAUUAGCCAGCCAGGUUUCAGUCACAUGUGGAGGAGCUGUGACCGAGACAGUCUUUGACCACCCGGGAUACCGAGUGACCAAAAACAAAGAGGUCAUCCACAGAUGCACCUGAACUGUGACUGAACUGUGUAGUGAGCAGCACAGAGCCCACCACCUCUUCCCUUACUGGAGUCUUUGUUGUAAUGCUUGCUGUGCAUCGCUGUAUAAACUAACCAGUGUCUGCGAGAUUAAAGAAAUCUUAAAAUCGAAGGAUUCUCAGGAGAAUUUAAGG